AUGACGCGAGAGCAAUACAUACUAGCAACACAACAGAAUAACCUACCAAAGGCUGAGAAUGCACAGCUUUACCCAGUGGGAAUUUAUGGAUGGCGAAAGAGGUGCUUGUACUUCUUUGUCCUUCUGCUGUUGGUUACCAUGAUAGUUAACUUAGCCAUGACAAUUUGGAUUUUGAAAGUGAUGAACUUCACUGUGGAUGGUAUGGGAAAUCUGAGAGUCACCAAGAAGGGAAUCCGACUUGAAGGUAUAUCUGAGUUUCUACUUCCAUUGUAUGUGAAAGAAAUUCAUUCCCGAAAGGAUAGUCCACUGGUCUUACAGUCUGACAGGAAUGUAACAGUGAAUGCAAGAAAUCACAUGGGGCAGUUAACUGGACAGCUGACAGUAGGAGCUGAUGCUGUGGAAGCUCAGUGUAAAAGAUUUGAAGUGAGAGCGAGUGAAGAUGGCAGGGUGCUGUUUUCUGCAGAUGAAGAUGAGAUUACCAUUGGGGCUGAAAAGCUGAAAGUUACAGGCACUGAAGGAGCAGUGUUCGGGCACUCUGUUGAGACACCGCACAUCAGAGCAGAACCUUCCCAAGACCUCAGGCUCGAAUCACCAACCAGGUCCUUGAUAAUGGAGGCUCCUCGGGGGGUCCAGGUGAGUGCUGCAGCUGGAGACUUCAAGGCCACCUGCAGAAAGGAGCUGCAUUUGCAGUCCACAGAGGGGGAGAUAUUUUUGAACGCGGAUACAAUCCGGCUGGGAAACCUACCGACCGGCUCCUUUUCCCCUUCUUCACCCAGUUCCUCCCACUCUCGGCAGACAGUGUAUGAACUGUGUGUCUGCCCCAACGGCAAACUGUACCUGUCUCCAGCCGGGGUCGGGUCCACGUGUCAGUCCAGUAGCAACAUCUGCUUGUGGAGCUGA